ACGUAAGACUAGUUGAUCACAAACAAAAAAUGGCAGAAAAGUAUUUAUUCACGAAGAGCACUGUUCCCAGUGGGUAUUAUCGAUCAACACACGAAUCAGUCUGUGCUAAGAUACGAUCUAACAUGAUAUUGAAUUUCUUAGUGGGGGCUUUAGCGUCACUAAUUUGUCUUUCCUUCAAAAAAUAUUCAAAAAUAGCACCACUCACCUUUCUGUCGAUACAAGGACCUAUCCAGGCACCUUAAUUUCUUAUAGGAAGCUAGGUUGGUAGUUGUAUCUUGCUUUUUACCUUAGCUUGGGGGUAAUUCAUCCACUUAAAAACAAUAACAAUAUGGAUGCGUCGCCCCAACAACCACCACUUACUGCUCAACUGAUUUCUCAUUUCAUCAACCGUUCACGAAGUAACUCAAGCUCAAGGUGGAGUGUUCUUUGGAAUAGUGAUAAGAGCCAUUUCUUGGACCGUGAAGGUCCCUCGCCGGCUCUCAUCGACUGGAUCGAGUCGCGACUCAAAACAUUAAAAUUUUCUCCUGAUCGUCGGCCAGUUGCCCUCGUCCCCGGCUGUGGGAUAGGGUACGAUGUUGUUAUGCUAGCCCUCCAUGGUUUCGACGUAUACGGCUUAGAAAUCUCAGAUGUGGCAGUCGGAAUAGCGGAAGCCAAUGCGACAGCCGAAUUCCGCGAACCAUCCGACUAUAACUUCGGUUCUCCCACGGCGGCGAGCCUACCAAUUGAAUGCCGAGGUAGUGUAAAAUUUAUUCAAGGCAACUUCUUCGAAACUGAAUGGGAAAAGGAGAUAGCGAUCGAAGAUUUCAAAGGUUUCGAUCUCAUUUAUGAUUAUACUUUCUUAUGUUCUCUCCCACCUGAUUUACGAAAGGACUGGGCAAGUCGCAUGUGUGAGCUGAUCUCCCCGACCGGGGUACUUGCUUGCCUCGAGUUUCCUUUAUAUAAGAAUUUAAAAGCUCUCGGUCCGCCUUGGGGAGUGAAAGGGGUGUACUGGAACACGUUGGCCGAGGGAGGCGAUGGAAUUAUCCACGAGAGUUCAAUAGAAGAAGACGAUGGGAACCUGGAGGGGCCAUUUCGAAGAGUGGACUACUUUAAACCAGCGCGAUCGUAUGAGUGUGGGAAGGGCACUGACAUGUUCAGUGUUUGGAAACUGAGAGAUUCGAGGCAAAAAAAUGGCACGGAAAAUGUAACAUCAAACUUCGUCUUGUAAGAUAAAAGAUAAAACAUUUGAAAUGAGUUACGAGCUGAAAACGCUGGGAAUGAAGCUAGAUAAAUAUGAAAAGGGGUUCGGAGUUAAUAGACAUGUAGGAAUAGGGCCAGCGAUAUCUCCGACAUAAAAGUCCGUGCAUAAGGAGCUGACAUAUUCAGUCCAAGGCAGAACAAUUUCCC